AGGGCAGAUGGGUUGAGUGGAUUAGUGUAAUCUCCUCAGUGCACACUGGAGCAGCAGAAGAAGAAGAUGAAGGUCUUCACUCCUUCCGCGGUGGUCCUCAUGGUCCUCAUGGUGUCUCAGGUCAAGACUGCUGUUGACGCUCAGGAGGAGGAUGAGAUCCUGCAGGAGGACCAGAUCCUGCAGGAGGAGGAGCAGCAGCAGCAGCAGAUCCUGGAGACGUGGACCAGGAAGGUCCAAACUUGUACCUGCGACUGUGAGACGCCCACACGCUUCCUACCCACUGAAACCUCCACCUCGCCACCUCCACCUCCUCCUCGGAGUCACUUGCUGACUUGCAUGCCAGAAUGUUUGUACCACCAAGCGUUGGGCUUUGAAUCUGGAUCCGUGAGGCCAGAACAGAUCAGCUGCUCCCACCAGGACCAGUACACCAGCUGGUACUCUUCCUGGGUGCCAGACCGAGCUCGCCUCAACAACCAAGGCUUCGGGUGCGCCUGGCUCUCCAAGUUCAACGACCAGCACCAGUGGAUCCAGAUGGACCUGAUGGAAGUGGGCGUGGUCUCGGGGAUUAUGACGCAGGGACGCUGCGACGCUGACGAGUGGAUCACAAAGUACAGCGUUCAGUACCGGACCUUGGACUCGCUCAACUGGGUUUACUACAAGGACCAGACCGGCAACAACCGAGUCUUCUACGGGAACUCGGACCGCUCGUCCACCGUCCAGAACCUUCUGCGUCCGCCCAUCGUGGCUCGCUUCCUGCGCCUGAUCCCGCUGGGCUGGCACACCCGCAUCGCCCUGCGCAUGGAGCUGCUCAUGUGCCUCAACAGGUGUGCCGACGGCCGACACGUGUCCUAAAUCUUCAUCGUAC